UCAUUUUAAUCAUGUAACUCUCGGAAUACUUUAUGUUUGCUAUUUUGUCCUCGUACAGUCCCCCAGGUUACUAUAUAAGAAGCCAAUUCACCCACUUUCUUUCUCCUACUCUUUACUUUUAAUUUGUUCGAGCCUCUAAAAAGUGAAAGAAAGAAUGAUCAAGUUAAGAUCAAAGAGGUUUUUCAGAAGCAAUUCGAAGGUGGCUGUUUCAGUAGGCAAAAGUAUUGCUGGAAUUGACGGUAAUGCUAGUGAAAUUAAAUGGGAAUUACGUCCAGGAGGUAUGUUAGUUCAAAAAAGAGAAUGUGAGAAUGUUGGAGAUCAAGCAAUCAUCACAAUUCGAGUCUCAACUGUUUCUAAGUCCCAUGACAUUUCUAUCCAACCCACUUCUACUUUUGGUGAAUUGAAGAUGAUGCUGUCAAUGGUAACCGGUUUGGAAGCAAAAGAGCAGAGGCUGCUAUACAGAGGGAAAGAAAGAGAGGACUAUGAACACUUGCACAUGGUUGGGGUGAAAGACAAGGACAAAGUGCUUCUCUUCCAAGAUCCAUCUAUCAAAGAGAGGCGUCUCCAAGUCAUAGCCGGCUCUCCUUAUCGCACAAUUAGUGUCUAAACUCCUAAUAAUAUUAUUCACUUCCAUAUAACUAUUAGUAGCAUUUGUAGUAACUAUCUUAGCUAAUUACUUCCCCCCAAAACUAACCCCUGGUAAAGAAAAUAGUCGAAUGAAGUAUGGCGAUAAAUCUUGUUUUUCAACUUGGCCAGUUCAGAGUAGGGUACUCGUUACUCCGUUGUAACAAUUUAGUUCAUAUGCUUAUUAAAAUGUAUGAGCUGAUGCACGUCCGGGUCAUUAGGUUACAUGUUUAUAGAGUCCUACUGUCCUCUUGUUCUGGAUUCAUCUUCCAAAUGGUAAAGAAAUGAAAAUCGAUGCAUGUUUUGAGCUUU